AUGAGCGUGUCCACCUCGAAAAAGCCCAGAAAACGAUUAGAAAAGGGCGAAGAACUCAGGGCUCAGAAAACUGGCCCUCGCAGUACAGCAUCGCAAACCGGUUUGUCACAGCCAGAAAACGCUAGCGGGGGCUGUAGCGAAAAGCUCAAUGGCAGGCCGGACAGCGCUCACGAACAUAGGAGCAGGGCGAUGGAAUUCGACCGGGUUCUAGGCGAGGCUUAUAACUUAUGUGGCCGUCUAGCGCUGGAAAUGGGGCAGCCAGAGGCGGCCACGGCCAAUUUCUCCAAGGCUGUAGAGAAGAACUCUCAAGAUAUAGAAGCAAUAGUGGGUUAUGCGCGGUCUUUGGGUCUACAAUCCGGGUCGGAAGAGAUCGUCAUCUCCACCCUCAUCGACGCUUUGAAACUCUGCGAGGAUUACACGAACUACCGGAUUUGGGCCCAACUAGCGCAUUCUUAUUUUACAUUGAGCAAACCCGAAGAUGCAUUUCAAAGCGUUUCGAGGGCGAUAGCGGGACGUGAGGGGCAGGGCGUCAAUGACCCAGAAUUGUGGGUUCUUCAAAAUAGAAUAUUGCUCCUGUGGAUGGAUGCUGACAGCAAGACGGGUUUGCAGACACUCGUUCCUUAUUUUACCACGGCAGUCCAAGUGACCUCGAGUUGUCAGGAUAGCAAGAAAGAGCUCCAGGCAAGAGUGUCGCUUGCCCAACUCUAUCAUAGAUUUGCAUGCUACGCGGAGUCACACGCGGAGCUGAUGCAGUGUCUGGCGCUGGUGCGCCAAAGUCCUCUUUUCGAUCUAUCGAAACCAAGUGCGAUCAGUGUUGUUUGUUACCUGUAUAACUUCAUGAGCAUCAUACAGUUCAAACUGAACCAGCGUGCAAAUGCUUAUGGUCUUCUUCGAGAGGCAAUGUGCAUUCUCCCCCAAGUUUCGCGCACCAGUCGCCUGCUGGCUACCUUGGCGCAAUUCUACAUGAUUGACGGUGAUGUAACCAGCUUAGGGUCUUUGCUACCCACCUUAGUCCUAGAGCGAGAAGCUCUACUCAACGGCGAUCAAGAUAGGGUCUAUAUCUACAGCUGGAUUCUGGGUAGGAUAUAUGAUAUGCUUGAUGAUACUAAGCAAAGUUAUGAGUUCUAUCAGUUGGCGAUAAGUUGUAAGCCUCAAGCUGCCUCCUUAUGGAUAGCAAUAGGCUACCUUUACUUGCGAAUGCGUCAAUUUGAAGAUGCCCAUAUUGCAUUUUCACACGCAUUCAAUUAUGCCUCCAAGAUUGAGAAUAACGGCCACCCUUAUCUGCUUCGCUUUAACCGUUUAUUUGCCGCUUUUGCCUGGGUUGGGUUAUCUCAGGUAUCUGUGGCGACCUUUCAAAAACAAAAGGCAUUGGAUGCUCUACGGCAGGCCUCUGUGUUAUUCGCAUCCGAGGGCGACGUUGUUCACGCGAGACAAGUUGACCAGAUCUUCAGUGACGUUUUUGCAUCAGUGGGGCAAAAUCCCGUCUGUGUGAUUAUGAAUGUACCACCGCAGAUACUACUAGAACUAUUUCUAUACUAUGAUGCUGGUAUCUAUAGUCUAGAUUCUGAGAUAGCUGCUAGUGGUGCUCCAGACAAAACUCUAGCUCACCGUUCGUCUCCCGUGCCACAUAGUCCUGCUACACCCCUUGAAGUGGCUAAUAGUCAAACCAUGACGAACGGCUAUGUGAUCCCACAUCACGUUCCUCAAGAUUUUAUUCCUCAAUCACUUGGUGCUUCACAUGUUGUUCCUCCACCUUUAUUGCAUGUGGGCUCUAAGCUCGUCGAUGCAUUGGACUCAAAUGAUGAUACAAAUUCCGCCUAUGGCCGCAGCCUAAAAAGCAUCUUUCCAACUAAAAUGUGA